AAACAUUAAUACCUGAGAAACUCAACUAGCCGUUGUAAAACUCAAAAUUCAAAAAUCCAUGGGUCGCUCUCUGAAGAGCCAGAGAGAGCCUGAGAGACCCAACACAACGUCAUAGCUUUCUCUCUCUUUCUCCCAUUUUCUUUUUGUUUCUCUCUCUAGAAUUCUCUGCUCUUCUUUGCUCUCUCCCUCUCUCUCAACUGUGAUCUGCUCAAAAGGAUCAAUUCUUCAUCGAUUCGCCAAGUUAGUGUAAAUCGAUCGACUCUGAUUUGAGAUUUCUAUACAGUCCCAAGUUGGGGGUGGCUAGUAACACUCCAAUUAUCAUUCAUCUUGCAACUGUUUCAAUUCUGUAGCAUUUCUUGAGAGAGAAGCUUUGACUGUACUUCUUACACAGUCUUCUUCCAAGUUCAACUGCCAAGGCAAACUUCAAAUACACAUAAAGUAAAUAUGACAGUUAAAAAUCCCAGUACACCAGCUUCAAAAAUAGAUAGGACACCAGUGUCCACUCCAGGUGGUACCAAAGUUAGGGAAGAGAAGAUUGUCGUAACAGUACGAUUAAGGCCUUUAAACAAGAGAGAGCAGUUAGCCAAAGACCAAGUAGCAUGGGAAUGCAUUGAUGAUAAUACGAUUGUGUAUAAACCACCAGCUCAUGACCGCGCUACUCAACCGGCCACAUUUACAUUCGAUAGAGUCUUUGAUCCUGCUUGUUUAACAGAAGCAGUAUAUGAGGAAGGAGUGAAGAAUGUUGCUUUGUCUGCUUUAAUGGGCAUCAAUGCAACAAUAUUUGCAUAUGGGCAAACUAGCAGUGGGAAGACCUACACAAUGAGAGGAAUCACUGAGAAAGCUGUUAAUGAUAUUUAUAGGCACAUAGUGAAUACUCCAGAGAGAGAUUUUCGUAUAAGAAUUUCUGGGCUGGAAAUCUAUAAUGAGAAUGUCAGGGACCUCUUGAAUUUAGAAUCUGGACGCAACCUCAAGCUUUUAGAUGAUCCAGAGAAAGGAACUGUGGUUGAGAAGCUGGUAGAAGAAACAGCAAAUGAUGAUCAACAUUUAAGACAUUUGAUCAGUAUCUGCGAGGCCCAAAGACAAGUGGGUGAAACUGCACUAAAUGACACUAGCUCACGGUCACACCAGAUAAUAAGGCUGACAAUAGAAAGUACUCAUCGUGAAAGUUCAGAUUGUGUGAGAUCUUAUGUGGCAAGCCUGAACUUUGUAGAUCUAGCUGGCAGUGAGCGAGCCUCACAAACGAAUGCAGAUGGUGCUAGGCUAAGGGAAGGCUGUCAUAUUAAUCUUAGUUUGAUGACUCUCACAACUGUAAUUAGGAAGCUCAGUGUUGGGAAAAGAAGUGGUCAUAUACCCUAUCGAGAUUCAAAGCUUACACGCAUAUUGCAGCACUCCCUUGGUGGAAAUGCUCGUACUGCCAUCAUAUGCACUUUGAGCCCAGCAUUAAGCCAUGUUGAACAAUCCCGGAAUACUCUCUUAUUUGCUACCCGGGCAAAGGAAGUGACAAAUAAUGCCCAAGUAAAUAUGGUUGUUUCAGAUAAGCAGAUGGUAAAACAUUUGCAGAAGGAAGUAGCCAGACUGGAAGCAGAGCUACGAACCCCAGAUCCCUUAAAUGAAAAAGAUCGGAAAAUUCAGCAGAUGGAGAUGGAAAUCGAAGAACUAAGGCGCCAAAGAGAUCUUGCACAAUCCCAAGCAGAUGAAUUACGUCGAAAACUUGACGAGGAACAACAACAGGGUUUAAAGCCGUUUGAAUCACCCAGUCCAGUUGUGAAGAAGUGUCUUUCUUUUUCUGGGGCAUUAUCACCAAAAGAUAAAACAAGAAACACAACGGGAAGGCAGACCAUGAGGCAGUCAUCAACUGCCCCUUUCACACUCAUGCAUGAAAUUCGGAAGCUUGAACACCUCCAAGAGCAGCUUGGAGAAGAAGCGAAUCAAGCCCUAGAAGUACUCCAGAAGGAGGUGGCUUGUCAUAGACUAGGUAACCAAGAUGCUGCAGAGACUAUUGCUAAGCUGCAAGCAGAAAUAAGGGAUAUGCGUGCUGUUCGACUAGCCCCAAAAGAAGUUGAAGUUGGAAGUGCGAUCACUGUUAACAAGAGUGUUAGUGCCAAUCUCAAGGAAGAAAUAACCAGACUUCACUCACAAGGAAGCAACAUUGCAGAUCUUGAGGAGCAGCUUGAAAAUGUUCAGAAAUCCAUAGACAAAUUGGUAAUGUCCCUUCCAAACAAUAAUGAUCAAGAGUCUAACAAUGAGGCAGCUAUGAAAGCCAAGAAUCAAUCAAAAAGAAAGAAAUUGCUUCCUUUAGCUUCAAGCAAUAGUCCCAACCUGCCCAACUUUAUACUAUCUCCGUGCUCACCUCUAUCAUCUUCUCAUCAAGUGUUUGAGUCCGAAAUUGAAAACAGAGCUCCAGAAAAUGAUGACAAUAUGCCUAGUGAAACCCCAGCAAUGUCUGAGAGAGAUACUCCAACAAAAAGUGAAGAAGGUACUCCAUAUCAGCGUUCCAGUUCAGUAAACGUGAGGAAAAUGCAGAAGAUGUUUCAGAAUGCAGCCGAAGAGAAUGUAAGAAGCAUAAGAGCAUAUGUAACAGAACUUAAAGAACGCGUAGCCAAGCUGCAAUAUCAAAAGCAGCUACUUGUUUGCCAGGUGCUUGAGCUGGAAGCAAAUGAAGCAGCUGGAUACAACGUAGAGAAUGACGAUAACAUAGCCGAGAUACAUGGGGAGUCCCCAGCUCCAUGGCACGUGACUUUUAGGGAGCAGAGGCAGCAGAUCAUUGAGUUAUGGGAUGUUUGUCAUGUUUCCAUCAUUCACAGGACACAGUUCUAUUUGUUAUUCAAGGGAGACCAAGCUGAUCAGAUAUACAUGGAAGUGGAACUCCGGCGCUUGUCUUGGUUGCAACAGCACUUAGCAGAGCUUGGUAAUGCAAGCCCAGCUCACGUUGGAGACGAGCCUACAGUCUCUUUAUCCUCAAGUAUAAGAGCACUGAAGCGGGAAAGGGAGUUCCUUGCGAAGAGGUUAAAAACUCGUUUGACAGAUGAAGAGAGAGAGGCAUUAUAUAUAAAAUGGGGAGUCCCACUUGAUGGGAAGCAUAGGAGGAUUCAAUUCAUAAACAAGCUUUGGAUAGAUCCCCAUGAUGCCAACCAUGUACACGAGAGUGCUGAGAUUGUAGCAAAGCUUGUUGGCUUCUGUGAAGGUGGAAAUUUGUCGAGGGAGAUGUUUGCGCUUAAUUUUGUGCUUCCAUCUGAUAAGAGGCCAUGGAUUAUGGGUUGGAACCAAAUCUCAAACCUUCUUCAUUUGUGAGCAAUUAGCUUGUGACUACUGUCCAUUCUCAUUUCUUUUACUUGUAAAUGAAUUGAAUUUUGGAGUCUGUUUACACAUCUGAGAUGCACUGCUUCUUCAGUUAUGGUGUGGCAAAGAUUUGGGGUAUUUGUUAUAUGAUUCUCAUUUUGCAUGAUGAGACAAUAUUUGCCAUUGCAUUUUUUCUGGAUAAAAGAAUCAAAUUCAUUUGGUACAGUCUAUUUUCUGUAGAAACAGAGUUCAUUCUUGGCACACUUAAAAAAUCUGAGUGUUUGUGUUUGAUUUCAUUUGAGCAAAUGCAGUCAGGUAACAACAGAUAUGUUCUAGACUUCAUUGUAUCUUGAAUGCAGAUUCGCUCACCAAACUAGGUAAAGCAACAUGACUUCUCCAAGCUGGUUGAACAUAUUUUGCGAAUCAUAUGAUGAAUUAAACAUAUGAGAGAGAGACGGAGGCAGAGACAGAUCUCCAUUAUUAAUAAUACCAUAGCCAGUACAAGGUAGUCAACACCAGAUUCAGAAGACAUUAUUAUAACUAUAUAAGAUACUAGUAUACUGGCCCAUAUAUGACAUUAAUA